GAUCACCAGGAAAUAAACCCUCCAUUCGGUAAAUUUGAUCGUGAGAAAACAUUACGGAGUGUUUUUAUUACCUCUCAGCCAUUAAAAAAAAAAUGCCUUUACUUUGUGGCGGAACAACUGAGGCGAAAGAUGCGAAUGAAGAGGUGCAGAAAAUAUGCGAUGAGAUAAAGUCUCAUGCCGAGGAUAAAGCUGGGCGUAAGUUUGACGUUUUCGCCGCAAAAACUUUUAAAACACAACUCGUUGCGGGGACAAAUUACUUCAUUAAGGUGCAUGUAGGUGAGGAUGAGUACAUUCAUCUACGUGUCUAUAAGACUCUGCCCUGUCACGGAGAGACACUGGAGCUGCACAGCAUACAGACACCCAAGGCUCAUCAUGAUCCCAUUGAAUACUUCUAAAGCAAACUUAAGCAAAUCAUCAUAAAUACUGUCUAAAAUACUCCUAAAUCUCAUGGUUACCAUUUUUACUAAAUAGUGUGAUCACAGAAGAGUGACUAGUUGGAUCACUACCUGCGAUGACACUAAUUGUGAAUUAGGUAACCCUUUAAAUACAUGUUUCCAUUAUGUGUUUGGCAUAGCUGUAAAAUAACCCAUCCCACACACUCGAAACAUCACUUAACUCACAUCUUGUUACCUAUAAUAUCAGUAGUUUUUGUCUUCACAUUUUGGGCUUUGUACUUACUGAUAAGUAUUUUAUAUUAUUUACAUAAAGUACAUGGAUGGACAGUU